AUGAUGCAAACCAUCGGGCCGUAUGAGUUACAAGGUUUAGACAAAAAACAGUCUUGGUCAUUGUUUAAGAAAGUGGCAUUUGAGAGAGGAGAAGAGCCUCGUAACUCCAAUAUUGUAAGAAUAGGGGAAGAGAUUGUAGAAAAGUGUAAGGGAGUUCCUCUUGCCAUAAGGACAAUAGGAAGCAUAUUGUAUGGCAAUAAUCUUGAGAGUGACUGGGUGUCCUUUAAGAUUAAUAAGCUUGCAAAGUUACCUAAACACCAAAAUGGUCUUCUACCGACACUCCGGCUAAGUUAUGAUUGUCUUGCCCCUCAUUUGAAGCAUUGUUUUGCUUAUUGUAGAUUAUUUCCAAAGGAUUAUGUCAUUGAUGUACAAAAGUUGAUAAAACUCUGGAUGGCACAAGGUUUUGUUAAUUCGUCUGACCAGAACGAAUGUCUAGAAGAUAUUGGUUAUGGUUAUUUUCUAUAUUUACUCGGGAGAUCUUUUUUCCAUGAGGUAAGGAGAGAUGAGUUGGGUACCAUAAAGAAGUGUAAAAUGCAUGACCUUAUGCAUGAUCUUGCAAUUUCAGUGGCAGGGGAACAUAGCAUCAUAAUAGACAAGUAUCCAGAGAAUGAAAAUUUUCGUCAAAAGAUUCGUCAUAUAUUUAUGGAUAUUAAACCUGAGUGGAGCUCUUUGACAUUUCCAAUGUCCUUUCUUGAAGGAACGGAGUUGGUGCGCACCUUUCUUGGACUCGAAGAAGGAAUAGGCGGUCUUAGCGAAAAGAGUUGUGAAGCAAUUUUAUCCAAUUUAAAGUGCAUACGAGCCUUGGGUUUGGAGAAUUUGAGAAUGGCAACGUUACCAGAUAGUUUUGAUAAAGUAAAACACUUGAGAUACAUUGAUCUUUCAUCUAAUAGGAUGAAGGAGCUACCAAGUUCUAUAACGAGACUAUACAAUUUGCAAACACUGAUUCUCACUCAUUGUUCGAGGCUGUUGAGCCUUCCUCCAAAUUUGAAGUAUAUGAUCAGCUUAAGGCAUCUUUUGAUAGAUGGAUGUUAUCGCUUAACUCAUAUGCCUGGCGGACUUGGUGAGUUAACUUCUCUUCGCACAUUGGAUCAUUUUUUUGUGGCAGGGAAUAAUUCAAAGUGGAAAGAUGCUGCAGGGUUUGCUGAACUGAGCCACCUUAAUAACUUGAGAGGACAACUAGUGAUUAAGAGGUUGAGCCAUAAUCUGCAGGGAGAUGCUGCAAAAUCAGAGGGUGCAAAUUUAAAGGAGAAGCAACAUCUUCAAUCCUUACAUUUACUGUGGAAGUCGAAGAAUGUAGAUGAUGGUGGUGAUAUUGCAGAGCAUGAUGAAAUGUUGUUGGAAGGCCUUCAACCACAUGUUAACCUAAAAGCAUUCCGAGUGGUGAGGUAUAUGGGUGUAAAGUUUGCAAGUUGGCUUUCUUCACUUAGUAAUCUUGUGAGUUUAGAUUUAUCACUUUGUGAAAAUCUCCGAUACCUACCAUCCUUGGAUCAGUCGAUGAGUCAUCUCAAGGAACUUAAACUUUUUUCAUUGGCUGCUCUACAGUAUGUUAAUUUAGAAGGAGAGUAUCCGUUGGCUUCAAGAGAUCUAUUCUUCCCUCGCCUAGAGAAACUUGAAAUAAGUGUUUGUCCAAAUCUGAAGGGAUGGUGGAAGAGGAAUGAGCCUGUUGGUUUAACACCAACAACAUCCUCCAUGAUACACCAUAACCAAAACCAACCUUUUUUCCCUUUUCUUUCACGUCUAACCAUAGCGGGUUGCCCUAACCUAAUUUCCAUGCCGCUGUUUCCAAAUGUUGAAUAUUUACAUCUUUACUAUGUUAGCUCUAUAGCAAUAUUACAACAAAUUGCAAUGCUGAUUGAAGCAGCUGUAUCACCUUUAUUAUCACCACCAUUAGCAUCUUCUUCUGAUUCAUUUUUCAAUUCCACAGCUCCAACCCCCUUUUCCAGAUUGAACUACUUGCAUCUUCAACAUAUGGAGGAUUUAGAAAUUUUGCCAGAGGAGAUAGCCAACCUCUCAUCAUCGUUGCAGAGACUUUACAUUGAAGACUGCCCCAGUUUGACAUCAUUGCCAAAGGGAAUAGGCAACCUCUCAGUACUUGAUAGUCUUGUUAUCAUGGGAUGCCACAAUUUAGUAACAUUGCCCAAAGAGAUGGGCAAUCUCUCAUCAUUGAAAAUUCUUCGUAUUGGAAGGUGUGAUAAGUUGAAAUCCAUGCCAGAAGAGAUGCAUGGUCUUAUUUCUUUAGCCAAACUAGACAUCUCUGAAUGCCCCAAUUUAGAGUCAUUGCCAGAAGGGAUAAACAAUCUCUCAUCUCUUACAGAUCUUUCUAUUAAGGCAUGCUGUAAGUUGGUAUCACUGCCACAAGGGAUGCAUGGUCUCACCUCUUUAAACGAUCUCUACAUUAAAGAAUGUACCAAUUUAGAAUCAUUGUCAGAAGGAAUAAGCAAUCUUUCAUCACUUGAAACUCUUGCUCUAGCAAGAUGUGAUAAGUUGGAAACACUGUCACAAGGGCUGCGUGGUCUCACCUCUUUAGCUCAACUAAAGAUUAAAGAAUGUCCCAAUCUAGAAUCAUUGUCAGAAGGGAUAGCCAAUCUCUCAUCGCUUAAAAUUCUUCAUAUUGAAAAAUGCUAUAAGUUAGCAUCACUACCACAAGGGCUACGUGGUCUCACCUCUUUAAGCCAGUUAUGCAUUUUAGUCUGUCCCAACUUAAAGUCAUUGCCAGAAGGGAUAGCCCAACUCUCAAAACUUGAAUGUUUUGCUGUUGAAAGAUGUGAUAAAUUAGCAGCAUUCCCACAAGACUUGCAUCGUCUCACCUCUUUAAAGGAAGUACGCAUUACAGGAUGCCCUUUCCUAUCACAAGCAAUCGAGCAAGAUAGAUACGGCCUUCGAGCUAAGCUUGCUUGCAUCUACCGAGCUUCCCUUAAUGGGAAACCCAUUCAUGCGCUCUAGCUGCUAUUCAACUCGUAUUUUAUAGCGAUGGAGACAGCAAGAGGCGGUGAACUCAGAGCUCAGUUUCUCAGGCCCUCGAUCACGACAUCCUCUAUGCCAUCUUCUCCUUCCUCGGCCUCGUCCAAUAUGCUCUGUCGUCUGGAAAUCCUGCAAUGCAAUUACGAAUGAGUCUAAGUUAGCUGUAAAUGUUCUGCUACAAGCAGCAGCCAAUGGGUGUCAUGGGUGUUUCCAAUACAAAAGUUCUACUAAUUUGGAGGAAUCGUUGAAAGCUAUAUUUGGACUUUGGAGGAGCUUUCGUGGAACUUCAUAGGUAGCUUUGCAAGAGGGUGUUAUUGAUAUUUGUUAAUGGAGAGGCUAUUCUGCUGGAUUGUUGGUGUGGUUGGCACUUGGUUAUGAAUAUUAAUUCUGUAUAGCUACUUCCGGAUGACAAAUCAACCUAUCAUUGCUGGAAUAGAUGUUGUGAAAGUAGUUUUGAACCAGAACACAAAUGAAGUUGUUUCCAGCAUUGGAGGGCAAAAGAUCAAGGUCCAUAUGGGGUGAAAUAUUAUCACUAUCUAAACUAUGAUUUCUUUUAGGGUGGAUCACUGCCUGAUCAAGAGGGGCCUUCUUAAUGGUGCAGCUUAGAUGUUAAGAUUGUUGGUUUGGUUGGCACUUCAGAAUGACAAAUGAAGGUUAGCAUUGGUAGAAUACAUGGAGAGUUAGGAGUUUUGAACCAGAACACAGAUGUUCCCCCAUUGUUUUGGAAGACAACAUAAGUUCUCCGAGCCACCAUUGAAAGAUUCAAAGCAAGAAGGGUUUCAGAAGAUACCUGUAUUGAUAGCAUUUCCAGAAAGUGGCCGAUCUCAAAUCUCUUGCUUGGCUGCUGGGAUGAAGAAAGUUGCCACUGCACACAAAAGUAGGUAUAUCAUAGAGUGGAAAUCCAACAAGCAAUUCAGAUCAUUGUGUUAUAUAGUAGGAAAUUGUUUAAGAAGUUUGUAAUUGUUACUGUUUUAACUCAUAUAUACUAUUUAUCUUCUGUUCUUUGAUUUUCAAGAGCCAUUUUCAAAUACUUUAUGUAAUGUAUCUUCUAUUUUCUUAUUAUAUAUCUUAUUGCAGAGUUGAUUAA